UACCCCCGGGUUAAUGUGGAUUACUACAUGAUAACGAGGCUAAUAACACACUGUCCAAGCCUUUGAUGGCGGAAAAACAGAAAGAAGUGUGAGGAGAAAGAUUGGAAUAAAAAAAUGAUUAAAAGAUGACAAGUAAAAGACAUUCUUUACAUUCCCAGAGUCCAACAGAAACAUGGACAGAUGCGUUAUCUGUGUGCAAGGCAUCUGGUGUUGGUUUUUUAACCAAUCAGAGGUACCGAGAAGAUGGAGGAAGAAGAGAAGAACAUGAGUUUGAAGACAGAAGCUUUCAUUUUAAUGUCGAUGGGACGUGUUUGUAUGGAGUGUUUGAUGGACAUGAUGGACCAAGAGCUGCAGAUUUUGCUGUUCAAAGGCUUCCUGCUGAACUGCUGCUAGGGCAACUGACAGAUGACAUGUCUGAUGAACAAGUCCAAGUUCUUCUUCGACAAGCUUUUAUUUCUGUAGAAAAAGGAUUCUUUCAAUCUAUUGAUGAUGCUCUUGCUGAAAAAACUGAAUUACAGUUGCAAAUUCCAGAAGGUGUAAGCUCCUACGAAGCAUUCCAAAACUACCCUGAACAAGUAGAACGCAUACAAGAACUAAAUGACAAAAUUAAUGGGGGAACUACGGCAGUAAUAGCCUUGAUCUUUAAGAACAAACUGUAUGUUGCAAAUGCCGGGGACUCUAGGGCUGUGUUGUGUAGGCAAGUGGAUGGGACCUCUUUACAAGUUGAGCAGUUGAGUGUCGAUCAUGAUACACAGAAUGAAGAAGAGUUACUAAGACUGGCUCGGCUUGGUUUGGAUAUCGUCAAGAUACAGCGUAAUAAAAGAAUAGGAAACCAAGAAAACACCAGGAGUAUUGGAGAUUAUUGUGUCAAGGGAGGGUACAAGGACUUUGAUAUUUUGAGUACCGCCGCCGAGGAGCCCGUAAUAGCUGACCCAUAUAUAUCAGAUGGUAUACCAAUAGACAAGACUUUCUACGCAUUAAUCCUGAUGUCAGAUGGAGUGUACAAAUGUCUAGAAGAAGCAACUGGUACAUCAACGGUCAAUUCAGACAUUGUCUACGUCGUUGCUACCGAGCUUCUUUGCCAGAGCACUUUGAAUGGAGUUGCGCAAGCCGUGGUAGACAAGGUAGGACGCUACCAUCACGAUGCCUUCAUGCAACAGCCUACUACUUGCCAGAAAAGAGAUGAUAUGACGAUUCUUAUUCGUAAUUUUGACGAAGAGGUAGCCUGCACUUUAAGUAGUCCAAGGAGUAGUACUCGACCAUCUGGCCCAGCCUACCAAACGACCAGUCCAGGAGUCCUUCCUGUCUCAGUCCCUUUCAACCCUUCAAAAAAGAACUCUGGAUCUGUCCCAACCCUCAAGAUCCCAAUGCCUCAAAGAACAAUAUCACAGCCGAAUAACCAUGAGGGCUCGCCUUCCAGUACUACUUCGACCCCUACGAACCCCACCACAGUAGCACCUUUGGUUUCUCAAUCAGGCUCAGAACCCUCUUCACCAGGUCUCUCUCCCAACGCAUUCGACCCAGGCCCCUUCCAUGAAAGAGAUGGUAAGGCCCGGAAGGCAAUGUUACUUGAAACUACUCAGCCUGUAGAUGGGAGUCUAACGGUGAUGCCUGCUUCGUCUACUCAUGGGGUAAGCGAUAAUAAAGGGUCGAACCCAAACGAUGAAGAAAUGAUCGAGCCGUAUGUUGAUUUUACCGACUUUUUCAAGACUGUAGAGGAACUGGGAGAAGACGUUGUUUAUGGUUGUGAUAAAAUGCCAUUGAGCUGAUUGGUUAAUUUUAAUGUGCGGUUAAGUGACGUCUGUGAAACGAAUACGUCUGGCUUUACUGUCAGCGGAUUUCGCAUAAGUGGGAAAUGUAAAUUCUUAGCCGUAUUUUUUAUCGUAGCAGUAUCUUCGUGAUGUGAAUGGUGGAUUUACUCGAAGGCAAUGGGAAGCCAUUUCAAUGUUAAGGCAUGUACUGUGCCUAUGGAGCAUUUUCACUCACGUGACAAGGCAGCCAUAUUGGUUAACCAAACAAAUAGAAACUUUCUGCACAGUAUUUGCAUAAAAAUAGAGUUCAUUUCCCGGAGUAUAGAAAAUGUAUUGUUUUGGUACCCCAUAAUGGCCGCUGAGACGUCACGUGAAAACGCUCUAUAGAACUGGGCCCGGUUGUACGAAGCCUGGAUAGCGCUAUCCAACGGAUAAAUCUUAUCCAGUGGACGAUGAAUUUAUUGGACAACAGUAUGGACUUAUCCACUGGAUAAGAUUUAUCCGCUGGAUAGCGCUAUCCAGGCUUCGUACAACCGGGCCCAGAUUGAUUAAGAGAAGUGACGGUUAAUCCUAAACUUCCUGCUUCAGACCUUAGAGCAGUUUUUGUGUCACUGAAACAAUUCACGUUAGGAUGUGUCGAGCCGCGACGACGUUGCGGUAUCCAAGCAUUCUGAUUGGUGGAGCAGUGUAUAGCGCACUUGUGAUUGGUUCAGUUGAUGUCAUCAAUUCAGUGACUCUUCUUUGGCAAGCCUACUGUAAACCUUGAUAGGUGCAUUCCUUUCCAUGACAAUAAAAAGACAAAUAACAUGGCCGCCAUGUUGGUUGACAGUGCUAAUUUUUUUGUUCAAGUCAACCUGCAUGGCGGCCCAGAUGAGGUGACAUCCAUCAUAAGAACUUCGACGUCCGUCACUCCAUCUAUCUAUGAAUAUUGAAUGGGUAGAACUGUGGUGAAAUAAUGAUAGAUGUGUUGAUCAUCACAGUGAAUGAGCGAUCUAAGCGAACGCUGUAAAGAAAGACUUGAAAAAAUGAUUUCAAGCUUCAACUCCAUCUAUUUAUUAGCCAUUGCGAGGUCGAGCGAAAAACUGGGUCGAGUUGAGAUUGCAGUGCAUUGUGGGACUGAAUAGCCGCCACCUUGGAAAUACGUCCCCUAAAACAGCCCCACAAUGCACAGCAAUGUCAACUCGACACAACUUUUUCGCUCGACCUCACAAUGGCUAAUCAUUGCACCGUUCAUUCAAUGAUAAGUUUUUAGCACGGCAAUUGAUAGCUCAAAUCACGUGAUAUAGGUUGUUCUGAUCAGUCAUUUUGUAAAUAUUUUAGCAUGUCAUUUAAACACGUUUUAAAUAGGUUAGAACGUAUCGAUUUCACAGUCUCAAAUAUAGACACGAGUAUUGAUAUCGAAUGUUGAUAUUUAUGUUCAAAAUGUUCAUGUAGAAUUUUGAACACAAAUAUUACCAAGCAACAAGACGCUCUUGGAGCGUGCACUGGGUUGCCCAAUGUGCUGGUAUGCUGGAGCUUAUUUAACAUCUAAACUUCAUUAUGUACCGCUAUUUGAAAGCAUUGAUACUAAUAAAUAUCUGAAUUACAAUCCUA